CCGCCCAGAAGGGAAAUGACGCCGGCGCAGAAAAUGGCGUCUGCAAAGCCAGAAGCCUGCUGUGGUUUGUUGCCCGUUUAAUUCGGAGCCGAGUCGGGGGGGAAUCUCCGUGUACAUGGAUCAUAACAUGGCAGUGCACCGCUGCCGUCCGCUUCCUUGAACCCGGAGUCGAACCCGCAACUUCAUGUCCGAAGGCGCCAGAGCUGCCUGGUCGAAGAGGGGUUGUGGGGAUUCGCACCGCCGAGGUAGAACCAGGCAAACACAAACACAGGAAAUGCGAUCGGCCCCUUAGCGCUCAGCCGUCAAAGCCUGUGAUUGUUGGCCCGGGCUCCAAAAGGUGAUUGACGCUCAGAAAAGGGACUUUGUUAGCAUCUGCUGGACACAAGGGGCACUGUCCUCUGAUUGGCUCGGACAGCCCCCCUGACAUGCCCGUGGCCAAUCAGAGGUGUGUUAUGUCGGGGGCGGAUGUGGAGGUGUACCUGUCCCAGGUGCAUGAUGGGAGCGUGUCGUCGGGGUUCCGGGCACUGUACGAGGAGCGUCUGCUGCUGGAUGUCACUCUGCUGAUAGAGGAGCACCACUUCCAGGCCCACAAGGCGCUUCUGGCCACCCAGAGCGAUUACUUCCGGGUCAUGUUCACAGCAGACAUGAGGGAGCGGGACCAGGACAAGAUCCACAUGAAGGGGCUGACGGCUGCAGGCUUUGGCCACAUCCUACGGUUCAUGUACUAUGGCUCGCUGGAGCUCAGCAUGCCCACGGUCCAAGAGAUCCUGCAGGCGGCCAUGUACGUGCAGCUGACGGAGGCGGUGGAGUUCUGCUGCUCCUUCCUGCUGGCCAAGAUCUGCCUGGAGAACUGUGCCGAGGUCAUGCGGCUCCUGGAGGAUUUCAGCGUGGGCGUGGAGGGCGUCCAGGAGCAGCUCGACAACUUCCUGCUCGAAAACUUUGUCCCGCUCAUGAGUCGACCCGACUUCUUGUCCUACCUCAGCCUCGAGAGACUGCAGGCGUACCUGAAUAGCGAUGCUCUGAGUCGCUUCCCAGAGAUCGAGCUGUAUGAAGCGGUCCAGGCGUGGCUGCGACACGACAGGCGGCGCUGGAGGCACACGGACACCAUCGUGCAGUCCAUCCGCUUCUGUCUCAUGACCCCCGCCAACAUCUUUGAGAAGGUGAAGACGUCAGAGUUUUACCGCUACUCCAGACAGCUGAGGCAGGAGGUGGACCAGGCGCUCAGCUACUUCCAUGAUGUCAACCAGCAGCCUCUGGUGGAGACGCGCUCCAACCGGAUCCGCUCUGUCCGCCCUCAGACGGCCGUCUUUAGGGGAAUGAUCGGUCACAGCAUGGUCAACAGCAAGAUCCUGCUGCUGCAGCGCCCCAAGGUGUGGUGGGAGCUGGAGGGACCUCAGGUGCCCUUGCGACCGGACUGUUUGGCUAUUGUCAACAACUUUGCCUUCCUGCUAGGUGGAGAGGAGCUGGGACCCGACGGGGAGUUUCACGCAUCAUCUAAGGUCUACCGCUACGACCCUCGGCAGAACUCGUGGCUGCGCAUGGCCGACAUGUCUGUGCCCAGGUCAGAGUUUGCUGUGGGCGUCAUUGGCAAGUUUAUUUAUGCCGUGGCAGGUCGCACUCGAGACGAGACCUUUUACUCCACAGAACGAUACGACAUCACAGAGGACCGCUGGGAAUUCGUGGACCCGUACCCUGUGAACAAGUACGGUCACGAGGGAACGGUCCUGAAUGGUAAACUGUACAUCACAGGCGGCAUCACCUCCUCCUCCACCUCCAAACAGGUGUGUGUGUUCGAUCCGGGACGGGAAGCGGGGGGAGGGGGCGGGAGCUCGGCCGGUUCGGACGCCCACCGAGCGCGCGCCGGCCGAGGCCCCCUGCUGCCCGGCACUCACGCCAGCUGCUGGGAGAACAAAUCCAAAAUGAACUACGCCCGUUGCUUCCACAAGAUGAUCUCCCACAACGGGAAGCUGUACGUGUUCGGAGGCGUGUGCGUGAUCCUGCGAGCUUCCUUUGAGUCGCAGGGCUGCCCGUCCACGGAGGUGUACAACCCAGAGACUGACGAGUGGACCAUCCUCGCCUCCAUGCCCAUCGGACGCAGCGGCCACGGGGUGGCAGUGUUGGACAGGCAGAUAAUGGUGCUGGGUGGCCUGUGUUACAACGGCCACUACAGUGACUCUAUCCUCACCUUUGACCCUGAUGAAAACAAGUGGAAGGAGGACGAGUAUCCCAGGAUGCCUUGCAAACUGGACGGCCUGCAGGUUUGCAGUCUGCACUUCCCAGAGUAUGUGCUAGAGCAUGUGAGAAGCUGCAGCUGAGGUCUGCUCCACCACAAGCCUCCUUUUUAUUAACAUGGGAAUGCACUGACGUCUCCUGCUAGAGGAGAUGAGGUGUUCACAGGUGGGAGACUCUACGGAAGCUUUUAAACUAGAGACCAGCACUUACCUACAGUGAGGAAAAGACAGACACUUACAGGCCACUUUAUUAGGUACAGCUACGCGACAGCAGCUCUGCCGUGGUCCGACUUCUGCAAAGCCCAUGUUCCAGAACACAUUCAUAUUAUGUUGACCAUCCUGUGUGUGAGUGGUGGCAGAGCAGUGUUCUUGCAUUUGAUGGUACAGGUGUACUUAAUAAAGUGGCCGGCGAGCGUGUCUGCUGGGAGGCGUGAACAUUUUCAGACUUAGCUUUCUCAGAAAAAUAAUGAAAACCUGUUUGUUGGAGUUAAAGGUGUCGUUCUGCUGGUUGGUGUUGGGACUGUGCUCAGUUCCCUGCUCUACUACUCACCUGCUGUAUUUAGGCCGUCUGCUCAGGCUGACUGCAGAAACGCACUGGAAGCGUCCGAUGUGUCCGUUGCCAAAGGGAGCUGUUCAUUUUAGGUCAUCUGUCACAGUUAUUGUAGAUUUACCCGAUGAAUAUUUAUCAGACUGCUCUUAAUGGUAAUAAGCUUAGUGAAAGCCAAGGUGUGACUGCAAUAAUCCCUGUUCCACAUAUAACUUGAAGGUAAUGCAUUUCUUACUACUCCUCCUGUGGCGUGGCUCAUUGUAUAGUGUCUCCUAAUAGAGGAAGCCGCCGCCAACGCUCACAUUCUACAUACAUAACCUUCAGUGGUCAGUCUUGGCUUCCAGUGCGUUGCAGCCUUGAAUUCUCCUUACUUCCACAUAUCCUCCAUACUGUGCUCAUGUCAUCUAGCAUCAUCGUGUCUGUGUGUGCGCCCUCUCCUCGUAGUACACGCGUAGACGAGGGCUCGCUCUGCAUUUGUAAAUACUGACAAUGGCGAUGACUGCGACUCCAGAGGCUGAAGAACGUUUUUCUUUUAUUUGGACUUAAACGUAGAAGUUAAGGAUGUUCCUGUAAGGUCCGUUUAGCCGCUGGCAGUGCUUUACUUGCUCUGGUCUUUGUUCCCUGCACUUUAUUGGUUCUUACUGGGUGUAUGUGAAGCGGCUGUAGUAUUACAACACGAUGCAAACAUCAGUGUCUGACAUUAACUCAAACAUGCAACUAGUAAAUCUACAUUUUCAUGUAGACGUGUUUCAUGUCUGUGCUGGUUCACACAGUUUAUGUUGGUCAGUGUAUUUUAGUAAGUUCUGUACAACCAACCGACUAGUAAAACCAAUCGUUUUACUAGUUGAUGUCAGACACUGAAGUCUCCAGUCACACCCAAGGGUUUGUUCUGUGUCCUCGCCUUUACGUCCGAGCAGUUCAACGCCUUGAUCCUGCAGCCCAGCAAACCCAGCUCGAUGACCAGCUCCAAGUCCUGGACCUCGUUUUUUCUAGGUUUUUAUUUUGUUCUGUUUUUAAAUGUGUCAACUGUGAAAAGGGCUAGAGCACAUACAGAUGCACUUGUGUCUGUCUGUCAGCUGUGUAUUUAUUUAUGUUCAGAGUUAUUGCUUUUCACUGAGCUAUGCAGUAACAGUUGUAGUAUUAUUUAUUAUGUCGGAACUUCAUUGUGCAUCGUCUGUUUUUUGUACCUCGCCUCUUCUUCAGCCGUCUGUCCUCCCAUCCUCAGCCCCGCUGCAUGCGGCCAAUGAAGGGAGGCUUUGAGAACAGUCUCUUCAUUAGUGUAAACUGAUCACAUUGCAGAACAGACGAUUCAAUAGUCUGCAAGACUAUGGUGAAAUUUCUUGUUAGGUUGUUUCUGGGAUGCAAAUGAUAAUUUCCCUGAUGUUCCAUUCAGGCUGAAAUACAUAUUUCGGAGGUGGCCUGUUUUAGAGGGCUUAGAUUUAUGAUAUGGAAACACUUCAGUAUUCUCCAGCGUCUCUCCUGUUCAUAUACAAACCUCCAGAGCCCUGAGCUGCAGCUUAAUAACAAGUCAGAGAUUAGUCUUUUUUCAGUCACUUCAUGGCACUGGAUUUCAAAAUUCUGAUGUUUGGAAGUGAAAGAAAGAAAUCAAAUUUCUGAGCCAGUUAAAACCUAAUGAGGCUAGAUGAUUAUUUAAAGGAAAAUAAAGUAGUUUUGCUAAUGCAAAGCUUAUCUCUACUUUCCAACACAAAGUGUUCUAAUCAGUAGCAUUUUAUUUUUUCCUGCAGAGCCUCUAUUCUGCCCACUCAAGCAUAGUUCUUAUUUACACAGGUUUCUUUUUUUGACUCAACAUUUAGUAUUCUGCUUUUAAUUUCCAUAUCACUUAACAUAUUCUUGUGUUUCCAUUUCUCACUUUUGCUUCUACACCUCCACAACCUGCAGAAUACCGACAGAAACAUCACGCGUGGUAGACACACUAUCUGGGAAAUGAGGCUCCACUUUCCGUUACGUGUGCACUGCACUGCACUGUCCUGUUCUGCAGCUGAGCCCAUAGACAUCCCAUCAGUCAGUGCAGGCCCCUCAGCUCCUCCUGCUCUAAUGUUGCUGUUCAAAGAGGAAACAUGUAUCCAAUAAAAAUGCUACUGUCUUGAUUGAACGCACAUUCAGUCACAGCACAGCAUCUUGUAGGCCACCAGUCUUCAGCCUGUUAGUAGGAAAACAGAAUAGAGGAUUAAAAAAACAUACCUUGCUACUAUGACUGUAUCUGAAAAAGAAAGUAAAAUCAGAUUAACAUAUCUUAUGAUCUGAGUAGAAGCUCUUUGGAAAUGAUUUGUAACUUCUUUCCAGUAAUAAAUGUUCAUAUUGGUCAACUUUCA